AAUGUGGAAAGCAACACGGAAGUCUCAGUCGUCAAAAAAGCCGAGGGAGGCAGUCAUUUUAUUAGGAGCCGUAGGCUGUUUUGUGGUGAGCAACGGCACGGUAAAAAGUACCGAUAUUCGUGCAAGUGUUGGCCAGUCCGAAGACAACGAGUCGCAUGUGAACGCGGAUACAUUUUUCGUACGUUCAAAACAGUGUGGUGCUUUAUAAGACUCUGGUUUAUUUCAAGACACUCACUUUGUUUCCGUUGAAAAAAUUUCAAUUGCUAUAUGCGAGAAACAUGUUUUUUAAUGUUUAGUUGGUACUGUUUGCCCUGUCGACCAUAAUUGCUCGACGGGGUUUUUAGAAGAUUGUCCAGUAUCGGGAAAAUCAGGAAACAAAACGAUGGGAACUUAAUACGAGUUUUCUUUCAAACGGAAGGAAACAGUUUUGUGUCGUCUCUUACACUCGGGACUAACUUUAAAGUGAACUUGCUAUGGCAGUGGACGCGUUUAAAGGUGUCUUCCGCGAGGAUUCUUGGGCUACGCCAUUGCUAGCUAUGUCCGUUAUCACGCUGUGCUCACUUUUAUUGUACACAGUCAUCUGUUUCUGUUUCUGGAUCAAACCGUCCUCGUCAAGGAAAUCAUCUCUCCUACCAUGGUUACAAAUCCCAUUUCUAUUCGGUUUGAUUUGUUUGGCUUCGAUAUCAAUUGUGGCUGCUGUUCCGUUGAAUGAUGGAUCAUGCCGGAUGCUUUUUAUCGGACCCGGAGUCGCUUACGCCCUAUUGGCCGCAGGAUUGCUGUCCAGGAUCAUUCAGCACACAAUGCGAGCCCACGUCUUCCUUCAAUGGCUGUUAAUCUUCUUUGUCGUGUUGAAUCAACUCGUAAUCAGCAUAGCCUACGUCCUACGCAGUGCUCGAAAAAUCUGCGUAUUGACCAUUCACGAUCAGCUGUUGAUGAUGCUCUAUCCAGCGUUGUUAAUCGGUGUUGUCCUACUUCUGGUCUAUCGGACAGCUCGGAGCACUAGGUCGCAAUGGAAAUCACGACAAGCCAUUCACGUCGGAUUAGCGGCCACGUUCAGCGGAGCGUUCGCUGGAUGUUGGUUAGGAGCAGCCUGCGUCCUUGGUGACGCUCUUCUUUCUUCUUGCAUCGGUUUCGGUUGCCUAGUAACGUGCGUGAUCGUUUCUCUAAUUGCUUUAAUCCCGAGGCAAGAUCGGAUAGAUUCCAAUGAUGAUAGUAUCUAUUCACAAAAAGAAGAAGUUAACUAUCAUGAAGAACGUGAUACGAAAGAUAUGCAUAAAAUUAUGGAGUACGAAAGCAGAAGCUCAGAGAAACUCAACAUGAACGAUCCAGAAAUUAUUAUAGUGCCUAUCACUACUGAUGGCCAAACAAUCCCCGACAUAGCUUUACAAGCCAUAAAUAAAGCUCGCAACAGUCAGUAUCAUCUGAACUACGGCGGAAAUAGGAGGUCACGUGAUUAUGCAGACGGUAGUCGCCAUCAUCAUCACCAUCAAGGAGGGCAUCAACGAUCGCCACAUCGUUGGCAUAAUAAACUUCGUACAGACAUGAGCAUAGGCCGUAGGACUAACAAGACCCUUAGGUCACGAAAGGAUAUAACCGGUCGUGGCACGACUAGAAAUAAUCCCGCGGACAAAAUUCAUCGAACACCUUACAACCAUCGAGGCUGGCUUUACUGACGAUUUAAUAGAAGAUUAGAAACUAUUUGAGAAACCUCUUUCCUGUUUUUUCUAGAGAUUUCUUGUUUACCUUAUGUGGUAUCUUGUAUAGUUAAACCAAGUAUUUUUACUGUGUAACAAAGUGCAUCUUUAAAAAUUAUUUUGUUUGCAAUGCUUGUUGGUGAGUAUCCAAAAACCGGCAAAAAGUGAAUUCAUUCGAACAGUUACCUUUUCAGAAA